AUGACAACAACAACGGCUGUGGAGAGUAGCCCUCCCACUAUUUCCCUGGUGGACAAUACUGUCCCUUCGCAACAGCCGUCAAAUGGAGAAUCCACACGAAGAGCCUCGAAACGCAGUCAGAAAGGCAAUUUAUCAAAACACAUAAGUCGCACAUCGGUAUCCGGACAACUAGCAAAGCGCAAAUACGCCAAAUGGCAACCCGAAAGGCUUGGCCUUUCAACAGACACCGAGACAUCCCCUAGCAGGGAGUCGUCGCAAGUGCGCGGGUCAGUCUCAGCAGAGAGCUCGACGGGACCGGCAAACGAGCCCAACACACCAGUACAACCAGACUACGGAACAGAAAUCUCUCAAAUCGAUACAGUGGACUUUGCUCCCCCUUCCCAAGCCCAGAGCCUUACAAAUGAAACCACACAAUCAAGCAGCGGAGCAGGCCAACAACCCGAUUUCGAUACGAUUGCAACACCCACCACCGAACUAGAUGUCUUAUACGAAAACCAGCGUGGCUGGUUCUUCUUCGGCGUGCCGCGUUACUCUCACAGCUCGCUUCUCAACUUCGAUCCUAGCGCCUGGAUGACCCAGCACAAGCGACCCAGUCCCGUCAACAUCACAAAUGCCCAAGUGCCCGACCCAAGCUGGGAAUGGGCAUGGAGGACAUGGUAUGUAGAUAUGUCAGCCGAUGUUGAUGAGCAAGGAUGGCAGUAUUCGCUCUCCUUUGGCUCGUCACAGUGGCAUGGUACGCAUCCGUGGUUUCACUCCUUUGCUCGACGGCGGCGCUGGGUUCGGCUGCGCCAGAAGAUUCCAGAGAGGCGUCAUCGUGAUCGCUCGGAAUUCGAGAAGGGGCAUAUGUUGACUGAGGAUUACUUCACGAUUCAUUCUUCCAAGGCGAGGAGUCGCGAGCAAAGUAUCGCGCGCCUUUCGACGGUUGAGUCGGGUUAUUUGAGUCGGGUGAAUACCAAGGUAGACGAAGAGGAGCAUCUCGAAGAGAUUGGAGACAUUCCUUCUCUCAUGUAUGCGUUGAAGUUGGCAUCGAUUGAUCGAGAGAGGAUCGAUGCGUUGAAGACGUUUAUCGAGCAGGGAGGGGAGGAGCUUUAUUAUCUUAAUGACAAGGCAUCACGCUGGCAAUUCGUGACAUACCUUGGCAACAUCAUCCAGCAACUGUCCACUCCAUCCGAUGACCCAGAGCAUAAAGAUUCCGACAAGAUCAAGCGCAAGAAAGAUAACCUCAUUCGGGUGGUCGAGAGUGCUAAGCAACAUGUUACCGGCCCAGAUGUCUUCACUGAUACAGCCGGGGGCCAGGCAUCUGAGCUACUCGAUUUGACACCUCUUUCUCGACAUGACACUUUACUAUCCAAGCGAGCGCAGGCUUCUGGCGAGCCAUUGCAUGUAAUGAAAGUGAAGGAUAUAACCGGCAUCCCCAAGGCCGCGCAAAUUGGCCACGAAGGGCAUAUUUAUUAA